UAGGGCGGCCCCGCGAUCACUCAUUCCCGCACUGGACACGGUUUGGAGCGGUCGCGCGCGCAGUGUUUCACUCUCGCCCGCGGCUUUCAACUUGCACGAAAAUGAAGUGCUCGAACGUUGGUGUUUUAUUUUUUAUGAACUUUAUAAUUUUAAUUACCGUGAAUGAGGCCAAGAUAAACGUGAAGCAGCAGCUGCAGGCCAUGGCAGACCAGAUCGAGACCAUGAAGGCAAACCAUUUCAACGACGUCGCCCGUCUUCAGGAAGAGAUUGACGAACUCAAAGCGAAGCCGACCCAGUCAACGGACAACCAUGAGCGUAACGAACAACUGACGCUGCAAUGGGCCAAGACUUCAAUGGAAGAGCUCCGACUUGAGAUGAAGGAAAUGGCCGAGAGCCUCAACAACUCGAAGCUUUUGCGACACCUUCACGUCAUCCGGAACGAGUUGAAACAAGCGUUGAUGGAAACAUCGGAUCUGGCUCAGCUGGCUCGCACACACGAAGCCCGCGUCGACAAACUGGACAGCAACGUUAGCCGUCUCAAAUACGAAAGUCAACAGUUCCGCUCGAUGCUGGCUGAAGUAAAGUCCAACCAUGCCAAACUGGCUAAGGAGAUCAAAGCUAAGCAGAUGCAAGAGAUGGAUAUGAAUUCUGACAACGAGGUUUUGUCCCCCCAUGAAAUACGCCACUCACACCACAAGCUGCGUCACAACAAGAAAGGGCGCAAAAAGUUGGGAAAUAACAAGAUGGUACACACUCAGAUCUCUAGAUUGGCGCGCACCCAACAACAACUUGACGAGUCCCAACAAAGUCUCCAGACUCAAAUACUCGAUGUGCAACGCCGUCUCGAUCGUUACGAAGAACCCAACUGGAACCUCAUCACUACUAAAGUUGACUUUCUUGAAGUCGAGAGCAAAUUUCUGCGCACCGAUCUCAUCAACAUCACCCAAAAAGUUACGGAUCUGGACAAAGUUCAUUCCUCAAUGUUGGAACUCCGCGAAGAUGUUGAGGGAAUCGAGAAUAAGGUUGACAAAACUAUCCCAGACUUUCGCAAAGAAAUUUCUAAACUGGACGUCAACUUUGCCAAACUCAACGCUCAGUCGUCCUACCUUAAGGAAGAUCAGGAAAACCUGCGCCAAUCUGUAAAAGCAAUUGCUGUCAGCGUGAGCAACACCAUUGACCGCGCCGAGAUGGAUCGCAUCGAGAUGAAGAAGCUCAACGACUCCAUCGUUGCUUUGGAGAGCCGAUCAAAGCAACACUUCUACCGACUUAACGACCACAUUCUGAAGAGUGAAGCCAACAAUAUCGACGCCAAUCAAACAAAUGUCUCGCUCCCGGAAAUCAUGGGCGAAGUUAAAGAACUGCAACCUGUUGAACGAGAAUACGAAGACCUUGUUAACCAACUGCCCAAGGAUUGCUCUGGAGUAUCUGGUCAAGCCGGCGAUUACUUGAUCCAUCCUGGUCACGCUCCCGUCGACACCUGGUGUGAGAAUGGAACAACUCUCCUCCAGCGCCGAUAUAAUGGUAGUGUCGAAUUCAACCGAAAAUUCGUCGAAUACGUCAAUGGUUUUGGGAACCCGGCUUCCGAAUAUUGGAUCGGACUGGAAUCUAUGCAUCGUCUUACCCAGGACAACUGUUCGUCCAUGCGUAUUGAUAUGACUGACAUCUAUGGAGGCUUCUGGUAUGCUGAAUACAAAAACUUCUACGUGGGAAACGCUGACUCUGGCUACGCUCUCGAGGUCAGUGGUUUCAGCGGCAACGCUAGCGAUGCCUUCGAGUACCAAAAUCAUAUGGAGUUCUCGACGAUUGAUCGCGACCGUGACAUUUCAAACACCCACUGCGCCGGUAACUACGAGGGAGGUUGGUGGUUCUCCCACUGCCAGCACGUGAACAUCAAUGGCAAGUACACCCUUGGCCUCACCUGGUUCGACGCCGCUAAGAACGAGUGGAUCGCUGUGGCUACAAGCGAGAUGCGCUUGUUCCGCCGCUCGCUUAUGCACGGCUGUGUGUAAACGCCAUACCUCUUUAUCCCCUGAGUAUAAACGAUCAUAUACGUUUAGAAAAGGGAGCAUAUAAUUAUAUUAGCCCUAACGAUAUUAUAUUAUAUUCAAAUAUACCAAAGAUAAACUAAUAGACGGUGGUGAAUACCAGUAUAUCUUAUCUUUGCCAGUAGAAUUUCGCAAAGUCUACUGCUUAUUUAUAGAUCUGUAGUACCAUAGUUCUCAGGCCCGCUGUUCUUUGUAAAACUGUCUUUUAAUUACAACAUCUGUCUUUGUUUUAACAUAUAUUUCACAACUUUCUGGAGAUGAAAUAUUGAUAAUUCAAAUUUAAUUUGAUUUCACGAAUUUGAAUUUUUUCCAACUUCUCAUUUCGAAUCUGUCCAAAAAUAAUUUGGACAGAUUCGAAAUGAGAAAAUAAAAUAUUUAUUGUUCAUUUAAUUUUAAUGCAGAAAUAAAAAUUUUAUUAUUAAUAUAAGUUCUUAGAAUUACGAUUUUUUUGGAUCUUGGGCAUUAGAUGCAUAAAUUCAAUAUUACUUAAUCAGUAGGUAUUAGGGUAGAAGUUUCAAUAUUCCAUUAGGAUAUUCGAUGUCAGCAUACAUUCCAUUAGAUGACAGAAAUAAAUGUCUAUUAACUUCUUUAUUAUUCCUUGUUUAUAUUGUUUGGAAUUGCAGGUAUUUAAGUUGUGCCAUUGGCACUUAAAAGGAAGACUGUUGAACGCCUUUUGUUUAUUUUUAAAUUUAGAAUUACAUACUAAUAAUAUAUUCUUCGUACUCUAAAUUCUGAAUUAAGUAUUUUAAUUGAAAAAAUUUGUUUUGUUAACAUUAAGUUUGUGUCAUAUUACGAUUAUUAAAUUUUGUCUAUUACCUUUUGUUAAAAUAGUACAUGAAAGUUAUGUCGCUCAUAAUCACUCUGUAAUUCAGUCAAAUGAAUACUCCUUAAGACGACGACUCGGCUCUCAUUUUACCAUAACCAAUAUUGUAGAAAUUAACCAAUGGAUUUAAACCAAAUAUAUUAAUCAAGCAUA